AGCCGUGCCCCUCGGAACCCCGCAGCCCCGGCGCUCCCGCUGUAGUGGGGCCGGGCCCGGGCGGAGCGUGCAGCGGGCGGACCGUCCCCCGGCAGCGCUUUCCGGUGCCGCGGCUCCAUGGACGCCAACCUGCGGCUCUGGAGGGCGGAGGGCCCGUCUUUUUGGCAGAGGCUUCUCCUCUGGGCGGAUGUCUUAGACCCCCUGCACCUCCUGAAGUCCGCGGAUGAAAUAAGAAAAGCCCGGUUAUUAUUAGAAAACAGUGAAAAGACCCAGAGUGGGCCCAUACAGAAUCAUGAGACAAAACAAGCCUUCCUGCUAAGCCUGGCCAGCGUACAUCCUGAUACAGGCAAGAUAAUUCCUGUUUUCUUCAGAGCUCCAGCUUUCCUGCCUGUAACUCUUCCAUUGGUCAUUUCUUCGUCACUUCAGCUGCAAGCAAAACAAAUUUUUUUGUGUCAGUUUGCAUUUCAUGCAUACACCACAGGAUUCACCCUAUUAAAUGGAAAUGGUACCACGAAGGAUGAAGAGAACUCGCUUCACCAAAAGCAAGUCUUGGUCGGCGUGGGAGCCGUUUCCUAUGCAGCACUUUUAGGUGCCUUUCCUUUUAUCUUUAUGGACCGAUACACGUUGAAGAGUCCAGUAACACAUCUGAUUGUCAAAAGACUUCUACCUGCUCCUCUUUUUUUUUUUUUUUGUGCUUUUACUGUGGUAGCGGUGAGAAGCCCAGAAUUUGAGAAUGGAAUUGAAGUGAUGGACAGGAAUGGCAAAGUUUUAGGAGUGUCACAGAAGGCUGGUGAGAAGGCCGUUAAAGAAACAGCACUAUCAAGAGGCAUCUUGUUUGGGACAACAUUCUUCCUGCCAGCUGUGCUUAUGCACUUUGUGGAAAGGGUGAACACUGCAAGAACUCCACGUGCUUUGGCUUCAGUGAAAAUGCUUACAAUUACGGCAGUACUGGUAGGGAUGUUACCAGCUUCACUGGGCAUGUUCCCGCAGUGUGGUGAGAUAAAACGAGAAGACCUUGAAGCAGAAAUUCUGUCAUCUACAGAAGAAACAGUAUUAUUCUACAACAGAGGAAUUUAGAGAUUGGCUUUAAUAUCGAAACGUGGGCUCUGAUAAAAGUGAAUUCCGAACGUGUCAACAAAUUCACUCGACACUGGUGACUGAACAAAUCAUGAAUUUUUGGUGGCACGCAAACCAGACUUAGUGUACAGUGCUGUAUAAACAGGCAGACUUUGCAGGAUGGUUUUGCAAGCCCUACCCCACAGUCAGGUGUGUACACAUAAUUUAAUGCUGUUAUUUGUACCAGAGAGCAUUGAGAUGAACACAGUGUUCAUCUCAAACUGUGCUUUGUAUGCUUCCUCAUGUGAUUGAUUUCCUAAUUAAAAGACUGAUUAUUUGGUACAAAAUUUUAUUACUUGACUGCUGUUGCUGCAGCUUUUGACAUGCUGCUUUCCAGGAGCACAAUUAUAAAGGCAUUACUAGGAGUAGUCUUUUGGGGGAAAGUCAAGCUGGUCCUUUGCAGAAAACUUACUUCUUACAUUCCAUUGUAUUUACAAAUGCUCACCUCAAGCAAUGAGACAUGAGUAAGUAAGUUACCCCUUAAAGUGAUAUUAGACAAAGCACCCUGCCAGCAAUAUUGCUCUUGUUGAAUGGCAUUGUUUAAGAACUGUUCAAAAAAAUGGGUGUCAAAAUGGGCUUCAAAGUGACUCUUGACUUCCUCAGCAUCCUUGAAGGAGUUGUGAGGCCCGAGCCCUCUGAGCUUUAGAACUUGUUUUUCCCAGUGAAGCCUAGGGGAAGUCCUGUGGCUUUCUGACUUCACAGCAAACAAUUAGGAAUCUCCAUUGCUACAGGUUGACUGUGAUCCAAACCAAAAAGCUGUCUUGUGAGGUGUAGCAUAAGGAUUAUUAGCCUGAUGAUCUGUGCAGCAACAGCAGAUGUUAGCAAAGAGAGCUGACAACACUGGAUGUAAAAGCAGGUGGAAUAUACAUCCAAGUGGACAUGUGGAAAAUAACGAGCUUGGCAGAGGGGUAAGCUACCUUCACUGCCGGGCUGCGAGCUGACCACUGACCCUUGGAGUAGAAUUCAAGGUUAGCAACAGAUAAACUCAUGGAAACUUCA